AAAUCGAUUGGAUGCUCUCAGGGGGUCUGCUGUGGGGACAGCCCAGUGAAUGAUGCUUUGCACUCUGCCUUUGGAGACAGGAAGAGUCUUUCCUCUUUCCCCAAAGGUACAGGAAUCAGGAUGCAGGCCAAAUACAGCAGCACAAGGGAUAUGCUCGAUGAGGAUGACACCACCAUAAGCCUGUAUUCUGGAACCUCCACUGUCACCAGACGUGCAGAGCCCAGGCACUCAGAGAAUGGGACACCCUCUUCAGUUUGGCGCCCGGUGGCCCUGACCCUGCUGACCUUGUGUCUGGUGCUGCUCGUCGGCCUGGCAGCCCUGGGCCUUGUGUUUUUUCAGUUCUACCAGCUCUCCAAUACCCAGCAAGACAGCAUCACUGAAAAGGAUGAAAAGCUGGGGAACAUGUCCCGACAACUACAGUCUCUCCAGACCCAGAACAGAAAACUCACUGAAACUCUGCAGCAGGUAGCUGUAAAACUGUGUCGUGAACUUUACAACAAAAGUGGAGGGCAUAGAUGUAGUCCUUGCCCAGAAAAAUGGAAGUGGCAUGGGGACAAAUGUUAUCAGUUCUACAAAGAAAGUAAAAACUGGCAGAGCUGUGAGUACUUCUGCCUGGCUGACAAUGCCACCAUGCUGAAGAUAAGCACGCAAGAGGAACUGGAUUUUGCCAUGCCCCAGAGCUACUCUGAGUUUUUCUACUCUUAUUGGACAGGGCUCUCCCGCAAUGGCAGUGGCAAAGCCUGGCUGUGGACAGAUGGGACACCUUACUCCUUUGAACUGUUUGAGAUUAUAAUAGAUCCCACCAACCUAAGAAACAGGGACUGUAUGACCAUCUUCAAUGGAAAGGCUUACUCUAAGGACUGCAAGGAGCUGAGGAGGUGUGCCUGUGAGAGGGUGGCAGGGAGAGUGGUACCUGAAGAGCUCCAGUAGGUGACAUGAAGCUUUGGAUGGAAGGUACCAACAGGUCAGCUUCAACCACCAGUAAAAGAACUGUCAAGUGAGGCCAACAUGAAGGAUAUUCAAAGCUUUGGGAAACAAAGAGACAGAUGCUGGGGCUGGUAUGGGAGAGGUUCUCCUGGCUCCAGCACACCAUCAUCCAGGCCUGGGCCUUAGUUCUUGCACACAUUUUCCAGACACAAAGAAUAUUACUCAUGAACUACCAACCAGCCCCAGAAAGCCAUAGAGUUGUCCUCCUUGAUGUGCAGAAGACUUUCAGAAGGCUUUCUCCCUUCUCAGGGUCUGUUAUCAGCCUCUGUCCCAUGUCUCCAUUACUCUUGGAAAAGUGAGAAACAUAAGAAAAUAGAAGAGUUAAUACAGAGUCACAAACUGGAUGAGCUUGUGUCCACACAACAAUUGGUGCCUUUAGAGUCGCAACACUUGGAAAGAGAAGGAAGACAUGAGAUGUUCAAGGCUGGCCUCAAAUACAUGGAAGCCAUCCUAGGCUACAUGAGUAUGUCUUCUCAAGUGACAGAAAGAAGGAACAAAAGAACAAGAGAGAGAAAAAAGAAAGGAAGGAUGAAAGAAGAAAUAUGAAGAGCAAAGUGAAAAGAGAGAACAGAAGAAAAAGACAUAGCAUCCCUUAUCCUAACAAGCAAUCCAAGAGAAACUAGCAGAAGUCCUCACCCCUCUGCUGCUCUACACACAGCCAAUUCUUUUAGUGUCCAGUUCACACUUAGCCUUUCCUAGGCUCUCAAAAGUGACUUCACCUACUGUGUCUGUGGCCAGCUUGCCAGAUGAUACAGUUCUCAUCAUGUCAACCACCACUCCAUCAAUUGUGUCUUUCCCCUAAUUAUGUCUCCUAGGAAAGAGACAGUACCAACUUUAAUCUAAGUUAUAAUUAAUAUCCCUGUACUUCCAAAGAGACUGAAGCCUAGAAAACACAAUAACAAAACAAAAAAGAAACAAAAAACAAAAACAAAACCCCAAACAGUCUCAUGCACAGAUGAUAAGUUUGUUUUUUCUUCCAUCAUGUUUAAACAAUGUUUAUACCUUUCAGGUACUGAAUAACUAAUAAUAAUAAGUGCAAAUAAUGUGAAAUGGGUGAGGUUCUAGGGUGGAUUUGUGAUUUGGUAGAGGGGAUCAACAAGGGAAUCCUUUUCACAAUAUGAAAACAAUCACUCCUUAACUACUUGUGCAUUGACAAUUGGUGGGACCAAUAUAAAGAUAUUGUUGCCGGGCGGUGGUGGCGUACGCCUGUAAUCCCAGCACUCUGGGAGGCAGAGGCAAGCGUAUUUCUGAGUUCGAGGCCAGCCUGGUCUACAGAGUGAGUUCCAGGACAGCCAGGGCUAUACAGAGAAACUCUGUCUCAAAAAAACCAAAUCCAAAAAAAAAAAAUAAUAAAGAUAUUGUUUAUGAGAUUACUUGAGUAUAAGAAAGUCUUCAAAGCAUAUUGUCUUCAAGAGGAUGGCUUUAUAAUAUUCCUAAAGUGAAAUAUUUGAGGCAAAAUCACGACAUUGAGGUUGGUGUGUUGACUAACCAAGGUGUGGGAGAGGCAUGAUUUUUAAACAGGCGUGGGAAGAAAAAGAGAAGCUGUGGCAUCUGCACAGCCAGACUCUUGACUAGACAGAGUUUCUCUUGGUGGUGACAUUAAAGCCACAACAGGGUUUUCGUAAAUAGUACCAUGCCAAGUGGUUUCAUUGAUCACAGAUAAACUAACAUUAGGGAGGUUGGUAGUACCAGCUAUAGAUUUCACACUCUAAAUUUUCAGUAAAAAUUGGGAAACAUCUAUAUCACGGUGACAUUACAAUUAAAUUAGCACUUUGUUGUGAAAAACAAUUCUGUAUUUAUUUUUGUAAGACUUGGUUUUAUGACUGGCAUUUAUCUAAACAUUAGUGAGGCUACUUGAGGUUUCUUUUAGAUUUCCUUCAUGUUAGCUCUGGGAGUUCUUCAGUACUGAAUUCUAUGCAGGUUUACUGGGCCAAGCAAACAGACGUGUAUUUGUGGUUUUAAAGCUUGAAGGAUUGAGCUCUUUCUGUUUUGGUUUGUCUAUUGAGCCAAAUGUCAUGUAGCUUACUAAAAAGUGGGAAUAUUUAUAAUUUCCCUAUGAUGUUACUUAAAAUGAAGUGUGAAGUUAGUCUCAUACUGUAGGUUGUAAUAUAAAAUGUGUUGAAAUUAUGAAAAUAUUCUAAAGGGUUUAGUGAUUCUUUAAAUAGAGUGGAGCACAAGUGCAGCAUCUGUAUUCAUUAAAGAGGAAAAGUUGAUGACGGCUGUUACUUCUGUUUGGUUAAAUUGUCUAAUGUAAUAUUUUGAAAUAAGAAACAAAGAUCAAGUCAUCAUUAAGCAAUUAUUAUAUAAACCUACUGCAGAAGGCAACAUGGGUCAGCAAAAGAAAGCCAAUAACGAUUGUACUUACUUGUAAACGAGCACCAUGGCUCUCAUGUAAGUUUUGACUCCUGGUAUUCUGGGCUCCAGGAGGGUGACAUGUGUCUCUCUAGCUACUGUUGAUGGGAAGAGUCUAGCUAUCUAGACGGUGAAGAACAUUCUCAUUUGCAAUCUGAGACCUUAGCAAAGUGACAUUUCAGGUGGAAAAAGAGAAAAAUAGUAUUUGAUAUAUUUUCUUUUCUUGAGAUUAUUCCUUAGUAUUAUCCAUAACCCCCAUUUCUGUAUCCAAACCUCAUAAUAUUGAUAACAUCAAAGGCAAACAUUUCAAAAGAUGAGAAAAGGGGGUAUGGUCCAACAUUGCCUCUAGAAAUACUUAAAAACAUAAGAAGUGUUCAUAACAUGAAUUUGAGAAAAGGUUUUUUGGUAAUAAAAGAUGGAAGCUACAUGAACUGGCUUUCUUAGGAUGAGAGAGGAUGCGAAGACGUUUUUAUAGUCUCUGCUGUGUAGGUAAUUGUGAAGAAACUGCAGGAAGAGUCAAACAGAGAGCAUGGCCUUUCCCAUAGAAUGAGCUCCCUCGGGUACACAAUGAGCUAUUUCUUUUCCUGAGGAUAUUGAGCACUCUCAGGACUUAUCAGCAGGAAACAGGUCAGGAGCCUGGUGACAGCAGGAAGUUUGAGAAGGGUAAUGGGCAGCUUUUACGUGGGGAAUACAAACAGAUUACAAACUUGGUACAAUUGUUGGGUGGUUGUCCUGGGGCCAGCCUUAAUGUUUGGAAGUCAAGCGCAGUUUUUGAAAAAUACAAAAAAAUAUAAAACAAAAUAAAAAUGCCAUGUGACUUAAGACAGACAAAAUCUACUCUGAAUAGAUCCUUAGAGUCUAACACAAAGCUUAUUAUUUCUAUCAGUAUUAUUAUUUCAGUGUUUUAUUGCUGCAUUUAGGGUGCAGUACUAUUAGUUGUCCUUCGAAGAGAAAUGAUUAUUUUUCUUUUUUUAAAAAGUUCACUCAUUGAGAUGGAUUAAAAGCACCUAAUUCAUCACUGGUAGGAUUGGAGAAUUAAACUGGUCCUCUCGUGGCUAAUUACUGGACAGGUGUCCUGGAUCACGGGCAGCCUGCAGUAAGACCUCUCCCAGCUGCUCCAUCUGGGUGACUGCAGCGUGGCUGCCUGGGAUGUUGCAGGCAGCUGUGCUAGCUGCACUGUCCACAAAUCUCUGAGUUGUAAAUACAGCACUGUGUAUAUAUACAGGGUGAACAACAUCAGCCGCAGGGUGUUUGCAUUCGGUUUCCUUGUACUUUUUUUCUUCCGGAAGAAUUGUCAAUGCUUCCCAUCCUAUCUCUAAACAUAGCCAGAUGACAAGCCUUUGAAGAAGCUCAAAGACAAACAGUCUUCACCGUUAAAAAUCAUCAUUGUUCCUCUGUUUCCCAGAUUAGUAUAUUUAGCUUCGAGCUGCCAGCUGUGAUAACCAAACAGUGGUCUCUGGGAUCUUUACUCUCCCAGGAUCAGCAGAAAACUAGAGAAAUGACUUUUCCCUUGUGUGUGUGUGUGUGUGUGUGUGUGGUGUUGCUUCUAUCUUUUAAACACUGCAUCAAGGUAAAUAAACAAAAACAAGACAAAGACACGAUCAUCUCAUUGCUACAGUACCAUAGCCACUAAACAAUGACUUUCAAGUCAAGGGAAGCUUAGUUUCCUUUAAAUAAUUUCUGCUGCUUCAGUUAAUUAGGUUUUAUUAUUAUUAUUGCUAUUAUCAUCAUCCUCUUUAUCAUCAUUAUUUAUUUAACUUAUGCCUUUUUAAUGUGAAGGAAGGGAAGGAUGAAAUAUUGUACCUCUCAGCUUCUUUCUCUCAGAAUAAAAGAUUAAAUACAAUCAUAUUUAAUUUAUCAAAUAUUUAUUAAAAGUGUGCUACGUAGUAUGACUUAAAGAUGACACAUGAUAAGUAGGAAACAUGAUAACCAUAAUUUGCAAAUUUUUCUUCUGGUAGAUGGCAUACAUUUUCAUUUAUCCAUUCCUAUGUAAAAUAUCAUUUUCUAUUGUUUGCAUGUAGCAUUUGGAUGACAUUCUUAAGCAGUAUUUUGAAGUGUAUCAUAUUACAGUUUUAUAGCAGGGAAGUUGAGACACAGAGACAGGCAGUUCUAAGUGCUAGGUUGUUCAUCUUGUCAGCGUAGACUGAACCAUUUGAUCCGUGAGCAACAGGAUAGAAGGCCCCACCUACAAAACAGGACAUGCAGAUGUCUCCACUAGUCCUUCUCCUAUGUAAAAUUCUAAGAGUUCCUUUCCCAGCAGAACUCUGCAGUCUGAAAAGUGCAGUCCAAGACGAUAGAGAGAAGAGGACCUGGUUGCUUCUGAGACAGAUCAGAGGUACUCAAUGACUCUACAGCUUUGGGGCAAAAGUCAAACACUGUUAAAUGUUCAUUUUUAUUAAGUACUGUUAAGUGCUAUUAGAAUUGUAAUAUACUGGGGUUUUACGAAGUAUUUAUUGUAAACACACUUUUUAUUGUCUGUGAAUGAAUGAUUAAAGCUAGCAGCCUCCUUCCUAACUGGCCAGACUGCUCUCACGGCAGCCCAGCAGUUUGGGAACUUUACUCUGAAGCCCUUCUCCCUGCUGAAGACUAUAACCACCCCAGGGCUGUAGACAGGAUCCAGUUGUCACUAUGGAAAGAGCAGCACUCUAAGCA